GAUUAGCGGAUGAAUCUGCAGGUCCUUCCGCUCCCACAAGCUGUCUGGAUCCGAGAGGCUGAGCGUCAGGUCCCCCCCGAGGCCUGGGUGUCCUCAAUGCCACAUUCUUCUCUGUCCCCAGCCAACACCUAUGAGGUCCAGGUCAUCACAGGGAACGUGCCCAAAGCUGGCACCGAUGCCAACGUCUACCUGACCAUCUACGGGGAGGAGUACGGGGACACAGGCGAGCGGCCCCUGAAGAGGUCGGACAAGUUCAACAAGUUUGAGCAGGGACAGACAGAUACCUUCACCGUCUAUGCUAUUGACCUGGGCGCCCUGACCAAGAUUCGGAUUCGCCACGACAACUCAGGCAACAGACCAGGCUGGUUCCUGGACAGAGUAGACAUCACCGACAUGAACAACGAGAUCACGUACUACUUUCCAUGCCAGCGCUGGCUGGCAGUGGAGGAGGAUGAUGGCCAGCUGUCCCGGGAGCUGUUGCCAGUGGAUGAGUCCUAUGUGCUGCCCCCGAGCGAGGAUGAGGAGGGCGGGGGAGGUGGUGACAGCCACCCCCUGGACAGCCUGGCCCUGGAGCAGAAAGACAAAUCCACCACAUUCUCAGUGACCGUAAAGACCGGGGACAAGAAGAACGCAGGCACAGAUGCCAAUGUCUUCAUCACUCUCUUUGGCACACAAGACAAUACCGGAAUGACCCUCCUGAAAUCCUCCAAGACCAACAGCGACAAGUUUGAGAGGGACAGCAUCGAAAUCUUCACCGUGGAGACGCUGGACCUGGGAGAUCUGUGGAAAGUCAGGAUUGGCCAUGACAACACAGGCAAGGCUCCAGGCUGGUUUGUGGACUGGGUAGAGGUGGACGCCCCGUCUCUUGGCAAGUGCAUGACGUUCCCCUGUGGCCGCUGGCUGGCCAAGAAUGAAGAUGACGGCGCCAUCAUCAGGGACCUCUUCCACGCGGAGCUUCAGACGAGGCUGUACACGCCGUUUGUCCCUUAUGAGAUCAUCCUCUACACCAGCGACGUCUUUGCCGCCGGGACAGACUCCAACAUCUUCAUUGUCAUCUAUGGCUGCGAUGCUGUGUGCACCCAGCAGAAGUACCUGUGCACCAACAAGAGGGAGCAGAAGCUGUUCUUUGAGAGGAAGUCGGCCUCCCGCUUCAUUAUGGAGUUAGAAGAUGUAGGGGAAAUCAUUGAGAAGAUUCGGAUUGGCCAUGACAACACAGGCGUAAAUCCUGGGUGGCACUGCUCCCACGUGGACAUCCGCAGGCUCCUCCCAGAUAAAGAUGGCACGGAGACCUUGACGUUCCCUUGUGAUCGAUGGCUCGCCACGUCGGAGGAUGACAAGAAGACCAUUCGUGAACUGGUUCCCUAUGACAUCUUCACUGAGAAAUACAUGCGAGACGGGUCCUUGAGGCAGGUGUACAAGGAAGUGGAGGAACCUCUGGACAUUGUGCUGUACUCAGUGCAGAUCUUCACAGGAAACAUUCCUGGGGCAGGGACGGAUGCUAAGGUCUACAUCACCAUCUUUGGAGAUCUGGGGGACACCGGGGAGCGGUACCUUGGCAAGUCAGAGAACCGCACCAACAAGUUCGAGAAAGGAACGGCUGACACCUUCAUCAUUGAGGCUGCUGACCUGGGUGUCAUCUACAAGAUCAAGCUCCGCCAUGACAACUCCAAGUGGUUCGCAGACUGGUACGUGGAGAAGGUGGAGAUCUGGAACGACACCAAUGAGGACGAGUUCUUGUUCCUGUGCGGCCGCUGGCUAUCCCUGAAGAAGGAAGACGGGCGGCUUGAGAGGCUCUUUUAUGAAAAGGAGUACACCGGGGACCGAAGCAGCAACUGCAGCAGCCCAGCUGACUUCUGGGAGAUUGCCCUGAGCUCCAAGAUGGCAGACGUUGACAUCGCCACAGUGACGGGGCCCAUGGCCGACUACGUGCAGGAGGGCCCAGUGAUUCCCUACUAUGUGUCUGUCACCACCGGGAAGCACAAGGACGCAGCCACUGACAGCCGAGCCUUCAUCCUCCUCAUCGGGGAGGAUGAUGAGCGCAGCAACCGCAUCUGGCUGGACUUCCCCCGGGGGAAGAGGGGCUUCAGCUGCAGCUCCGUGGAGGAGUUCUAUGUUGCAGGCCUGGAUGUGGGCAUCAUCAAGAAAAUAGAGCUGGGCCACGACGGGGCCUCCCCGGAGAGCUGCUGGCUGGUGGAUGAGCUGUGUUUGGCCGUGCCCACCCAGGGCACCAAGUACACAUUGCGCUGCAACUGCUGGCUUGCCAAGGACCGCGGCGAUGGUGUCACUUCCCGCGUCUUCGACCUCCUGGAUGCCAUGGUGGUGAACAUCGGGGUGAAGGUGCUCUAUGAGAUGACAGUGUGGACGGGUGAUGUGUUUGGCGGUGGCACUGAUUCCAACAUCUUCAUGACCCUCUAUGGCAUCAAUGGCAGCACAGAGGAAGUGCAGUUGGACAAAAAGAAGGCCAGAUUUGAGCGGGAGCAGAAUGAUACCUUCAUCAUGGAGAUCCUAGACAUUGCUCCGUUCACCAAGAUGCGGAUCCGAAUUGAUGGCCUGGGCAGCCGGCCCGAGUGGUUCCUGGAGAGGAUCCUACUGAAGAACAUGAAUACUGGAGACCUGACCAUGUUCUACUAUGGAGACUGGCUGUCCCAGCGGAAGGGCAAGAAGACCCUUGUGUGUGAAAUGUGUGCUGUCAUCGAUGGGGAGGAGAUGAUGGAGUGGACCUCCUACACUGUCUCAGUUAAGACCAGUGACAUCCUGGGAGCAGGCACCGAUGCCAAUGUGUUCAUCAUCAUCUUCGGGGAGAAUGGGGACAGCGGGACCCUGGCCCUGAAACAGUCAGCCAAUUGGAACAAAUUUGAGCGGAACAACACAGACACAUUCAACUUCUCUGACAUGCUGAGCCUGGGCCACCUCUGCAAGCUGAGGGUCUGGCAUGACAACAAAGGGAUCUUUCCUGGCUGGCACGUGAGCUACAUCGAUGUGAAGGACAACUCGCGUGAUGAGACCUUCCGCUUCCAGUGUGAUUGCUGGCUCUCCAGGAGUGAGGGCGACAGGCAGACACUCCGUGACUUUGCCUGCGCCAACAACGAGAUCCGUGAUGAGCUGGAAGAGACCACCUACGAGAUCGUCAUAGAAACGGGCAACGGAGGCGAAACCAGGGAGAACGUCUGGCUCAUCCUGGAGGGCAGGAAGAACCGAUCCAAAGAGUUCCUUGUGGAAAAUUCUUCCCGACAGCGGGCCUUUAGGAAGGGGACCACGGACACAUUUGAGUUUGACAGCGUCUACUUGGGGGACAUUGCCUCCCUCUGCGUGGGCCAUCUUGCCAGGGAGGACCGAUUCAUCCCCAAGAGAGAGCUGGUCUGGCAUGUCAAGACCAUCACCAUCACCGAGAUGGAGUACGGCAACGUGUACUUCUUCAACUGUGACUGCCUCAUCCCCCUCAAGAGGAAGAGGAAGUACUUCAAGGUGUUCGAGGUCACCAAGACAACGGAGAGCUUUGCCAGCAAGGUCCAGAGCCUGGUGCCGGUCAAGUACGAGGUCAUUGUGACGACGGGCUACGAGCCAGGUGCAGGCACUGACGCCAAUGUCUUCGUGACCAUCUUUGGGGCCAACGGGGACACAGGCAAGCGGGAGCUGAAGCAGAAAAUGCGUAACCUCUUCGAGCGAGGCAGCGCCGACCGCUUCUUCCUGGAGACACUGGAGCUGGGCGAGCUGCGCAAGGUGCGGGUGGAGCACGACAGCAGUGGCUACUACUCGGGCUGGCUGGUGGAGAAGGUGGAAGUCACCAACACCAGCACCGGAGUGGCCACCAUCUUCAACUGCGGCCGGUGGCUGGACAAGAAGCGGGGGGAUGGGCUCACCUGGAGAGACCUCUUCCCUUCCGUCUGAGGGGCUGGAGGCUCUGCGUCCCACUGUGUCGCCGAGAUGCUCCUGACUGCACCUCCCUGCCUGUCUUCCACCUUGGCUUUCAGCAGGCCUUUACCAGAGCCUCCCGGAGAUGGGACCAAGGCCCAGAUGGGUGGCAUGUGUGGCAUGGUUCUCGAGAGGCCACUGCAGGGGACUACUUGUGGAGGCCUGCCCCUCCUCAGUCCCCUGGACCUACAGGAAUCAAUCAACGUGUGUCAGAAUCCGUGGCUGCACAAAAAUAACCUUUUGCAUUUUCUUUUCCAAUAACAGCGGUGGCCAGGCUGAGACUUGCUGCCGAGUGUAGAUGGGAAAUUGGGGCUUCACCCAGGGGAAAGAAGUGGGGAAGCGGAGGCCAUCCAGAGGGUGUGUUUUAAGAGAAAACUAAUUAACACGUUUUUCCCAAAAAAAGCCUGGCUAAUUAAAUUAUUACUGACCACCCCCACAAAGGACUCAUCUUGGCAUCUGCUCACUAAGAAAUGCAUCUUUUCCCCCAGUUUUAAUAAAUCCAGUGGCAAACAGAGAAAA